AUGGUGAAGGGCCGUGUGCCCUCUCUACCUGAAUUGGUUUUGAAGCCAAAUGAGGAGAAUGAGAACCCAAAUGAUGAGAACGAGAAUCCAAAUCCAGAGAACAUGAAGCCAAAUAAAAGAAACAAGAAGCCAAAUUUGGUUUCAGAGAAGCCAGAUAAGGGCAGCGAGAUGGUCCUCGAGAACAGAUGGUUUGACGUUCUUGACGAAGUCCGACGGAGAUCGUCAACUGGAGAUGAUCUUGGUGGCAGCGGUGAUGGCCUGUCUUGUGAUCAGCACCAGAGACCAGUGAAGGCCAAGGAAGGUCAGGACCAGCACCAGAGGCCAGUGAAGGCCAAGGAAGGUCAGGAGCAGCACCAGAGGCCAGUGAAGGCCAAGGAAGGUCAGGACCAGCACCAGAGGCCAGUGAAGGCCAAGGAAGGUCAGGACCAGCACCAGAGGCCAGUGAAGGCCAAGGAAGGUCAGGACCAGCACCAGAGACCAGUGAAGGCCAAGGAAGGUCAGGAGCAGCACCAGAGACCAGUGAAGGCCAAGGAAGGUCAGGACCAGCACCAGAGGCCAGUGAAGGCCAAGGAAGGUCAGGACCAGCACCAGAGACCAGUGAAGGCCAAGGAAGGUCAGGAGCAGCACCAGAGGCCAGUGAAGGCCAAAGAAGGUCAGGACCAGCACCAGAGACCAGUGAAGGCCAAGGAAGGUCAGGAGCAGCACCAGAGACCAGUGAAGGCCAAGGAAGGUCAGGACCAGCACCAGAGACCAGUGAAGGCCAAGGAAGGUCAGGAGCAGCACCAGAGGCCAGUGAAGGCCAAGGAAGGUCAGGACCAGCACCAGAGACCAGUAAAGGCCAAGGAAGGUCAGGACCAGGGCUAG